AUGGAGUCCAGCGGCGAUGUCGUAUGCACCGGCAAAGUACCGCCGCCGCUCGAUGCGGUCUCGCAGACGUCCUCCACUUCAGCGGCUGAGGAGGUGACUUCCUAUCAAGAGACGGUGCGCUUCUGCACGUGGCGCAAACAUGUACGCAACUUGUAUCAGCAUCUGUUUCACAUUGACCUCGUCUGGGAGAGUCCGGUGGCUCAGUUCAUGCCGUACGUGACGACAAAGAGUGGCCUCACCACGCACACCAUACUGAGCGGGACGCGCACAGGCGGCCAGGAGCAGAGCUACAUCCAGCUUCUGUCUGCAACGGUGCCGCAGGCCACGCAGGCCCUGGACGGAUCCGAUGUAGCCUACAGCGAGGCCACUGGUGAGGUUGGCGGGUACGGCAUGGCGCCGCACACCUGCGGCCUCAGCAUUGAGCGGCGCAUUCUUCACGAUGGGGAUGUGCUGGCAGCCCGCUACGCGCCAGCAAACCCGCUCCUCAUCGCAUCGUCCUCUAGCAACGGGAACCUGUAUGUGCUUGACUGGUCGCGAGUGCCGCUGGGCCGCUUCCCAAAUGAGCCCCCGCGGCCCCGCGCGCCGCUGCCGCCAAAUGAACUCAGCAGUGACGCGACGGAGGAGGAACGGGGCCAGUACCAGAAGCGCAUGCGUGCACUCAAUGUGGUGGUGACUGAGCAGGACCGAUGGGACCGUCGCACCGGUGAGGGGCAGCACGUGCUAACGCUGAAGGGCGGCAACGGUGCCUCGGAGAAUUUGGACUGGAGCACCAGUGCCGAGGGUGUGGUGGCGUCUGGUUCCACAGGGCGAGUCUGUGUGUGGCGCGUGGCCAACCUGUCGAAGGACGACAGCCGCCAGGUGGAGCCGUUCAAGGUCUUCUCGCUCGAGGACGAGGAGGCGCGUGUCACGCAGGUCAACUUCUCGUGGACGUCGCCGGACACCUUCGUGGCGGCAUCCUCCACUGGCGCCGUGUACUUCAACGAUGUGCGCAUGCAGCACACCACAGAGGUAUUCUCCAUCGAAAACGCGGCCACCUCCCUUGCCCUCUCCCCACUCAGCGGGAACGAGCUGCUCGUUGGCGACUCUUUGGGCAGCGUCCUUUUCUUCGACUUGCGUCAGAGCAGCAAGCCGGUGCAGGUGGACUGCCUGCAUGACGGCGAGGUGACCAACGUUCAGUGGUGCCCACACUCGCGGCACCUCUUCUCCUCCGGCGGUCAUGAUGGCAUCGUCUGCAUCUACAAUCAGACCCGGCACAAGACGCUGUUCAAGCACUGGGGCCACACCGAUGUGAUCAUGGACGUGGGCUGGAGUUGGCAAGAAGAUGGUGCUGGCCAACUUGUGUCCACCGACAGCAACGCCAUCAUGCUAUGGAGACCGCGAGACUUCUUCUACUGUGCUUGA